AUGGACUGUAGCAAUGGACGAAUUUUGUGUUGAAUGCAGCUUUUUAGAAUAAAGACAAUGAGGUUGUUCGUUUUGUCUGUGCUGUGAUAUGAAUAAGUAAAGGAAAUCCCACAAUUAUAUCUUGUUACCUGUCUUGUACAGAAUAAACUAUGGCGACACAGCCAAGUGAUUACACAGAAUUUCCGCCCGAGAUAAUCUUGAAGCCGUUGGCACUUAUUGGCCUGUCCGGACUAGACGCCGUCAAUAAUGCAGUGCACAAGGAAAUAUGGGACGCCUUCGCUAACAACAGGCGGCCAGAUCGCGCGUCAGUUCGUUUCAAACUACUCAACAACACAUUUGAAUUCCCAGUGGUAAAGCCUAAAAGAAACUCAUAUGAAUGGUACAUACCGAAAGGUAUUCUGAAGAAAAACUGGAUUCAGAAACGAGUUUCUUCAAUACCCGCCGUGGUCGUCAUAUUUUACGAUAUGGAAUGGAAUGAUCCACAAUGGAAUGAAAAAAUUAUUGAGUGUGCUUCUAAGGUGCAGUCUAUUCGUGCAGCAGUGGAGGGGCACGCCACCCGCGUCGCGGUAGUCGUGCUACAGAGCGGCCAGUCGCCCCCACCGUCAGAGUACAUGCUCGGAGCGGAGCGGGCGCAAGCUCUCUGUGCUGCUUGUGAAAUACAAUCAAAAUCACUGUUUGUUCUUCCUCAUAGCGAUCAUCUGAUAGGUUACAUAAUUCGUUUAGAAAAUGCUUUUUAUGAUAUAGCUCAGAACUAUUACCACCAUGAAACAAAAAAUAUAAAGCAGCACCGGGACCACUUGAAUAAAACCACACAUCAGUAUUUGUUCGUGCGGCACCAGUUCAAGCUGGGGUACCUCAACGAAUUGAAGCAGGAUCUGAGUACAGCUCACAAGCACUACAUGCAUGCAUACACAAAUUUACUAGAGACCAGAACAGUUGACACCAAUAUGCACGAAGUGAGAACUGUUGCUGGAUACAUUAACUACAAACUUUGCAAGUUAUUGUUUGCUUUAAAUUUGCCGCGAGAUGCAAUAGCACAACUUAAGGCACACAUUGAAAGGUACAAGAGCAGAGUAGGAUCUACGGAAUUGCUAUUUGAACAUUAUGCCUGGAUAGCGCGACAAUACAGUGCCUUUGGAGAGUUGUUUGAUGAAGCAAUAAAAGCCGGGCUUCCAGCAAUACAGUCGCAGCAUCCUGGAUUUUAUUACCAGCAUGCAGCACAGUUUACAGUAAAACGAAGACAGGCAAUGAGAUCAGUGUGCACUGAAGUAUUAGAAUACCCCCCACCUCCUGAUCCAUUAGAGGGCAAUGUUGAAUUCUAUGGACAGAGACCGUGGCGGCCGGGCCGUCUCAGCGCCGACCCUCAUGACCCUCAAAAAGAGCAGGCUGCAGUUCUAGCAUUACAAUAUAAUGAGAGAAUUUUUAAUCACUCUUUAAUGAUUAUUGGUUUUCUGGGCUGUGCUAUUUCACAAUUCAAAACAUUCCAUUCACCUCGAAUGAGGAAACAACUUGUGGUUGAAAUGGCCAAUGAAUAUUUCUACUCUGCUGAUUACGGGAAGGCUCUAACAUUGCUGACACAUAUGCUUUGGGAUUACAGAAAAGAGAAAUGGUGGUUCCUUGCAUCAUAUGUACUUAACAGAGCUUUGCAGUGUGCGUAUUUAUCAGGAAAAAUACAAGAUUACAUACAAUUAUCUGUAGAAGCAUUGUCAAACUACAUACAGGUGCCAAAUAAAGACAAGGACAGAAUAUUUAGAAAUAUAAUGUCAGUACUCAACCUGAAUAUUCCUGCCCCAGAACCAGACCUGCCUGUCUCUUCACAUAACAAAGCACUAGAGGCUUGGCAGUCAUCCAUUGAGAAAGAGCCUUUUACUGUGGCUGUUGAUAUGUCAAAUAUUUCCAGUUUCUUGGAAGUAAAACCAAAAUUCAAACAGCAAAAAUACAGAAUGGAUCAAUUGGUGGAAGUGGAGCUCUAUGUAAGAUUAACUUAUGAGACGGUCUUAGAAUCAGUACAGGCCUAUAUAACGGUGUCAAGUCCUACAGAGACUCUUGAGAUUCCAAUAACGGAAGAUGGAAAUAGUUUAAUUUCUCUAGUAGGCCACAAAGUAAAGAGAUUCCUGUGCCAGUUCAAACCAAAUCCACAAGACAAUGGCUCAGAUUUAAUUAUUAAAAAUGUUUCUUUUGUCCUAGAUUCUGAUAAGAAACGAAAAAUCAUAAUGAAUUUUAAAAUAGGAGAAAACAAAACUACAGACACUGCAAUAAAUCCAGAGCUAUUACAUUUCAUUUUAAGUCCUAAGACAGAUUAUGAAUUUGACUGUAUUGUACCUUUACCUGUAGCAACUAUAACAUCAAGGGAGUGCAAAUUGUCAAUAGAUAUAAACAAUGCUAGUCCAGCACUGCAGGGAGAAUGGUUCCCAACAAACUUUACAAUAACAAAUAAUGAAACUACCUCUUUGUAUGAUGUUAAGAUUGCACUCUCUCUACUAAGCUCCCCUGACAAUCCAAAUCCAGAAUCUGUGACAGAACUGAGUUUAAAAGAAGGACAAUCGCAAGCACAACCAAUUUUAAUAGGAGUAGGAAAUCUUGCUCACUUAACAGCUCAUGCAUCCACUUUUUAUUUAAAAACCAAUAGAACUGUUACUACAACUGUCCAAAUUAGAGUAUCAUAUUAUAUAGACCUCCCAGAGAUAUCAAAGUUAGAAUGUGUAAAGGAUUUUACCACAAAAAUAACUGUUAUAAAGCCUUUUGAAGUAACCACAAAUUUUGUUGCUAUGAAUUUCAAACCCAUUACCAAAUGUUUUGUGACUGAUCCAUUUAUUGUUAUGCCACAAUUAAAAAUUUUAAGUCCAUGGGAUUUGCUAAUAUUGAAUACAGAAUUAGAAGUAGUUGAUUGCUUUAUAAACCUAGAUGAUGAUAAAGCAGCAUCUUGUAUAAAUAAUUUAGCAGUAGCUGAGAAAAAUAUAGCUUCAGAUGCUGUAUGCAUACAAGCAAAAUACAAACCAAAAGACAAUCCAACCCGAGUGGGUUUAUAUAAUAUAACUUGGAAGCGGAGGAGCAACACUGAUGGCCAUUGUGUCAUGAGCAGCACAGCACUGUCCGGUCUCCCUAUAGAUGUAUGUCCAAUAGCAAUCCAAGUCAAUUAUCCAGAAGUGGUAGAACUACAAACUUCAGUGUCUCUAAAAUGUACAUUAAUUGGCCAAUCAAAUACUCCAAUUAGACUAAGUCUCACCAUUGAGGGAACUGAUGCAUAUAUGUUCUCUGGGUAUAAAAAACUCACAGUGACAAUACCUCCUAAAGAUAAAGUGGAGCUGUGUUAUAAUAUUCACCCGCUGGUAGCCGGUAACACCAGCCCGCCCAGGUUAAAAGCCACCGUGAUAGGCGACAGCUCAAUCCAAGAAGUAGUGCAAGAAAUGUUUGAGAAAAUCUUUCCACAGAAUAUAUUUGUUAUGCCUAAGUACAAUAAAUAACUGUAUUAUAUGUUGCUACUGUUUUAUUGCAAAUAAAUGUAAAUAAUUUUGAACAAAAUGUAUAAGUUAUAUCAUGGUU